AUGGCCAACUCCCCAAAAUCAUGCUUGAUAACAGGCUGUUCUGAAGGCGGAGCUGGUGCUGCCCUUGCAGAAGCCUUCGCAAAGAAAGGAUAUCAUGUUUUUGCGACAGCACGAUCUCCAUCCAAGGUGCCACGGUCACUACACGAGACAUCCAAUGUCACUGUUCUCGCACUUGAUGUUGCAUCUUCCGAAUCUAUCGCAAGUGCAGCGGAAGAAGUCCGAAAAAAGGCAGCUGGGAAGCUAGAUGUUUUAAUCAAUAAUGCUGGGAUGGGGUUGAAUGCCCCUGGUCUGGACACGUCCAUGAGUGAUGCGCGAAAACUCUUUGACAUCAACUUCUUUGGGGUGUUGGAGAUGAUACAAGUAUUUGGUCCUCUGUUGAUAGAGGCUAAAGGAUUUAUCGUCAAUAACUCUUCAGUUGGAGGUCAUUUGCCAUUACCGUUUUUGAGCGUAUACCAAGCAACAAAGGCCGCUGUCAUACAAGCGAGCGAAGUAUGGCGGCUUGAACUGGCCCCCCUGGGUGUGAGGGUUCUGACGCUGCUCACUGGCGGCAUUGCGACGCAUUUCGUGGACAACCAACCUACUCCAGCGCUCCCCCAAAACUCGUACUACCUCGGAGUCAAAGACGUGAUCGGUGCACAACCAGAUAAUAUACGUUUUGCUGUCAGUCCAGAGGCUUUCGCAAACGAUGUGUUGCGACAUGUCGAGAGAGGGACAACAGGCAAGCUCUGGAUUGGUGGAGGAGCUGGCCUUCUCCGCCCACUUCUCUGGUUCUCCCCCCAGAGCCUUAUUGUAUGGCCUCCCUACUAA